CGACAAUGAAGGACAACAACAGCGCAUUUGGCACUCCCGCACCUGAUCUCCAUCUCACUGCGAGCGCCGUCACCGCACUGGAGACGCCUUUCACGCACGCCUUUGCAACAUGGAUGACGAUGCUCCACGCUCGUUCCAGCUGUGCGAGGGUGGGCCGCGGUACAUGGUGGCCGUGGAAGUGGCGCGGUAUUUCCACCAGUCCCCAGAGCAGCUGUUUGAGCUGUACCCGUCCUUGUACCGACGACAGGCUACUACUGCGGAGCGGGGGACUCUCAAGCGCUGGAACAUCUCGCACGCGCCCAUCGUGACCCUGCUCCUGGCAGAGGAGGUGGAGUGCAUCCUCGAGAAGGACGACCGGCGCCUGCACUUGCAGCCGCUGCCAGCCGUGGCCAAGAAGCCAUCCACCUUCAAAGACGAGAAAGUGCUUCUCACCCGCAGCUCGCACGCACCUCCCAUCCCGAAGCAGCCAACGCAACCACUCAAGCCUGCCCGUCCACGCAACCUCUUUGCGCCCUACUACGCGUCUCCGUGUGGACUUGCGAGCACCUCCGACGAGGAACCCGAGCACCUUGCCUCCAUCACCCUCAACCUCGACCUGAAUGGCCACAAGCUCAGAGAUCAGUUCCUGUGGAACACCCAGGACAAAUCCAUCAGCGUGUACAAGUUUGCCCAGCAGCUGUGCCAGGAUCUGGAGGUGCCCACGCUGUUUACACAUCAGGUGGCGGCGGCAAUACAGUCGCAGAUUGACGCUCACCAUGCUCUCAAGGAGUACACGCCAGAGACCGACAACAUCAUCAUUAAACUGGAGGUGCAAGUUGGCACGACGCAGCUUGUGGACCAGUUUGAGUGGGACAUCUCAAACCCGCUCAACUCCCCCGAGCACUUUGCCGAGACGCUGACACGCGACCUGGGUCUUGGCCCUACGUAUACCAACAGCAUCGCCGUGGCCAUUCGCGAGAAAGUGCUGCAGGCAAAGCAGGCGCUGCUGCAGUCACAGGUGCCCGAGCUCGCACCGCCCGUCGCCGAUGCGGAGGAGGUGUUCCGUGUCGCCGACGCUGACGAGUGGGGCCCUGCCCUGUACACCAUGUCCAGGCGGGAGCUGCACAAGAAGCAGACAGACGAGGAUCGGGAGAGCAGACGACGCCGCCGUGGACGGCCAGAGGACCGCCAGUCGAAGCGGAGCAAGCGGGCGCAGGAGCAGGCCAAGUCCGACGAUGCGGCGUUUGAGGUGGAGUCACUGCAGGCGCUGCCGUCGUACACGCCGCGCGUCAAGGCAUACCUCGUGCAGAGGGGGUUUGGCGACAUUGAGAAGAAGGAAUGGAUCAAGGCUGCACUCGCUCGCCAGCCGCCAAGCAAGAAGGCGUUCUCAAACGCAUAGCAGCACGCGUGGUGGUUGGCUGGUCGGUUGGUUGGUGGUAAUGAUGUUGAUGAUAAUUGUGGUGGUAAUGAUGGUGAACGUGGUGAAGGUGCAGUCUUCAGGUUGUUACUACGUCUGUGCGCCGCUUGUACAUAUGUCAUGCGCACGAAGGAUUGUCAGCAAUAAAUGCCCAUUCGAAUUGCAGGGGGCGCGAACGGAUGAG